ACUAACAGAUGGCACUAUAGUCUUCUGAAAACGUCACUAUAAGGCGUCUGUCCCACCUCUGUAUGUAGCUGACCAAAAGCUAAGUAGAAAUCUAAUGGUUUUUUGUCUUUUGAUUCUUCUCGAGUUCUCGCUAGCCCUUGUUGCUGUAUUUGUAUCAAAUAUGUAGUUGAUACUUGAGAUUUAAGCAUUUUAAUGUCCAUGAUUCAAAAUGGUAAUAAUUUAUUGGCGUUUUAAUUGGAAAAGAUUUUAUGAAAUAUUUUUAGAAAACAUCAGAUGGAAAAUUCAACAAUUGUCAUUAACUUAUCAUUCACUUACAUUUAAUACACAUAUGAGUAAAAACUAUGCCAUUGACUGCUUAUUAGAACCUGUUUUCUGGUUUGUGGAUAAUUUUGCUGGAUAUUUGGGAAAGGUAUUUGUGUUUUGUGUUACCAUACUUACAUUUGCUGUAGUAGCUAUUGCCUAUUGGAUUGGCUUGCCAUAUUGGUGGGAACGGAAUGGAUAUAUGACGGUAUUUUUGGUAAUAGUAGGUAAUUGGCUGCUGAUCAAUAUUUUAUUUCAUUAUUAUAUGGGAGUUGUGACAUCACCAGGACAUCCCCCACAUGGAGCCAUGAUAGCAGAGGCAGCUAGUAUAUGUAAAAAAUGCAUAUCACCCAAACCACCCAGAACCCAUCACUGUUCAGUUUGCGACAAAUGUGUAUUAGGAAUGGAUCAUCACUGUCCCUGGCUAAAUAAUUGUGUUGGAUACUUCAAUGCUCGGUAUUUCUUCCUAUACAUGGUGUAUAUGGUUGCUGGUGUGACAUUUCUAAUUGUUUUUGGAAUUGAUAUUGGGUAUCAAGUGCUUUGGGUAAAUGAUUCUCCAGGUACGGGCGAAUUAAUUGAUGACCCUGAUUUAAUUGGUCAUCCUGUACGUCUUAAUAAAUCAGGAGUUUUCGUUCCAGUGAAGGAUUCUGCCUUAUAUGAUGAAAUUAACUUUCCGAGGCAGCAUAUAUUACCGACCCCACUGAUAACCGAAGCUCAACGUAUAUCGGCCCAUACUUGGAAAAGAAAGGCUGUAGUUUUUAUGGCCAUUACUUGUGUCUCUGUACUCGUUGCUUUAGGCACAUUGGUCAUUAUGCAUAGCAAGAAUAUUAGUUGUGGUGAAACGAGUGUGGAGGCUCAUAUUAAUAAGGAAAUGAAAAAACGUAAUAAAAACUUCCGAAAUCCUUAUAACUAUGGACGGAGAAAAAAUUGGAGACUUUUUUUAGGCUUGACACAAAAUAGGACCUUUCUAAUACAUGUUUUAUUUCCUUCAAGACAUAAGCCCAAAGGCACAGGACUGACAUGGCAUUCCAUAAAUAACGCUCUCAAAGACUGGCCUUGAGUAUUUUUUGUAUUUAGUUAAUUUAUGUAGAUAUUAUACUAUAGUUCGCGAUUUCGUGUAUAUAACAUAGACAUCUAGUCUAGGUAUCUAUUUCUUCUAUAUACAGCAUGACCGGUUAGACACUAAUGAUACUCAAGAACGUGCGUGAUAAUUGGCUAUCGUAAAUUAAGAAAAAAUACAAUUAAAAAUAAAUAUUAACUAACUACAAAAAGACACCGCGCGAACACACGGAUUACAAGGAGGAAGGAGGGAUCGGGAAGGCGGACCUGUUGGCGGUUGCUUUUAACUUACGAAAUAUUCAUGCAGUGUCAACACACUGUGGCACCAUGUAUCCAUACUUUAUUUAUCUAUUCAUAAAAAAUUAGAUACCUACUGUAAUUACUUAGAACGAAAUUUGAGGUCCGAGUAGGUACUCGUGUCGUUAGUGUCUUACCAGUUAUACUACAUACACGUUUUGUUUUGUUAUUUGAUUUGCUUCCCGUGACAGUCUUAGUCCUGCUCGCCUAUAUCGCAUUGCUGGUGGCGGUGUUGUGGGACGGGUCUUUGUCUUCCAUAAAAUAUGGUGAGGGAAGCUAUAGCUGGUCCAUGAGUCUUUGUUCGUUGUUAAGUUUAAAGUUAUAUAUUUCUUAAAAAGUAUAUGAUGUAUUUUUAGCGUUAUACAAUUUUUAUAUAAUUGAUGUUUUACUGUACUCAACCACUUUUGAAAUUUUUAUUGAAUAUUUAUUAAUUUAAGUCGACUUAUUUCACUUUCAUAAUUGAUGAAGCUGCAAAAUAUUGAUUUAAAAAUACCGACGAAUUGAGAACCUCCUCCUUUUUUGAAGUCGGUUAAAAAAGUAGAAUUGAAUUUUCGCCACUUCUCAUCAGGUAUUCCGAAUAAAACUGACAUCCAUACGUAUCUUUUUAUAUUUUUAUUUUGACGAGUUUUAGGGAUUUCGAAUAUAAAACAGUCGUCCUCAGUUAACGUGGUUGUUGGUGUUAGUUUGUCUUCCCAUCUGUCUAAAAAAAAAUUCAAAACAGAAAAAAAGAAGAAUUCAAGGCUAGAAAUCUCUUUCGAUUACCUUGGUCAGUGGCUAACUUUCUGACAUUUUAUAAAAAUAGGAAAUGGAAGUGAAGGUGGAUUUUUGAACGUGUGAAAAUUGAGGUUACAGAAAAAUAAAAGAAUGUGUCCCAAAUCAUGUAUUAAUAUGAGGGUAAUUCGAAAAGAGUAUGGCAGGCUACCUGCCUGCUAGUAAUUACUUAUUACUUUUCACCUAGCUAGCCUGUACCGACAGAUAGCGCGUGAGUUGAAUGCAGUUGAGCCUUACGGUAAAGAGCGGAGGGAGCAUCUCCCCUCGCUGUCCGCUACAAUAUAGUGUCGUUCCAUCGUCGUUAUCGUACGGUUACCGUGUUAACGCGUUAAUACUAAAGUUGAUAGAAGUCUGAAUGCGGUAAUACGAGCGCGCUGUGGUCUAAAAGAGAAUGUUGUGACAAGGACUGAGAAAAGAAUGCUGAAAAGGUUUGGUCAUGUGGAGCGAAUGAGUGAAGAAAGAAUGACGCAUCAAAUAUACAAGGCAAGUGUGUGUGGGCAAGUCGGUCGCGGGAGACCUCGUAGAACAUUCAUCGACAUUGGUACACCCGCAACCGGCGAGCAUAUAUGAAUAGAGUAAUGAAUGUAGAGGAAGCGCGUGAGGUUUGUAAGGAUAGAAGCAAGUGGCAUUCUAUUGUCUCUGCCUACCCCGACGGGAACAAGGCGUGAGUGUAUGUACUAAAGUUGCGAUCCCGUGUUAUAUUUUGAUUUUACUACUGACAUCCGAGUCAAAAAACGAUUUUUUAUCAGUAUUCAUCGCUAAGCACGAGAAAUGGCGAGAAAUGUUUUAGACAUGUGUGAAUUAAGGCAGAACAAAAAUUUGAGAUUUCAUUAUUAGGUAAAAUGGUAAACUUAAGCGUUGUAACUUAAAUUUAUCGACACACUCAUGAAUAUGACUAUCAAUUCACAGCACUAUCGGAUUCCUGAACUCUGCAUUCAAGUCGCGCGUUAUCUGUAGGUAUAUAUGUAUUAAUCAAGAUUAAAAAGUACAAUAAGUAAUUAAACUAAUGUCAUUAUAAUUUAUUGUAUAGUCAAAGUAGUUUAAACUGAUCUCGCUAUGUUAAAGAGAAAUAAAACAAUUCAUUCUGUGUAA